UCUUCCUCCUCCUCGCUGGCGGCGGCAGUGGCGGUGGUGGCCCCGCCUGGGGUCGGGGGUGUCCCCGGCGGGGCGGCGGCGGGAGUGAAGCUGAAGUACUGCCGCUACUACGCCAAGGAUAAGACUUGCUUCUACGGGGAGGAGUGUCAGUUCCUGCAUGAGGACCCGGCCGCCGGAGCUGCCCCGGGCCUCGGCCUCCAUAGCAACAGCGUCCCCCUGGCUCUGGCGGGCGCGCCCGUGGCCGGCUUUCCGCCCGGAGCGGUACCGGGCGGGGGAGCCGGGCCGCCCCCGGGGCCCAAAAAGCCGGACCUUGGGGGCCCGGUGGCAGGAGCCGCGGUCGGUGGAGGAAGCGGCAGCGGGGUCCUCGACGGACCGCGGCUGGCAAUUCCUGGAAUAGAUGGAGGUGCUUUAACUGAUACCAGCCUCACAGAUUCAUAUUUCAGCACCAGCUUUAUUGGAGUUAAUGGAUUUGGAAGUCCUGUAGAAACAAAAUAUCCCUUGAUGCAGAGAAUGACUAAUAGUAGCAGCUCCCCAAGCCUUCUAAAUGACAGUGCCAAGCCAUAUGCAGGCCAUGAUCCUCUAACUUCACCUGCUUCAUCCUUGUUUAAUGACUUUGGUGCCCUCAACAUCUCUCAGAGAAGAAAGCCAAGGAAGUAUCGCCUGGGGAUGCUGGAGGAGAGGCUAGUUCCGAUGGGAUCAAAGGCACGAAAAGCAAAGAACCCUAUUGGCUGCCUUGCUGACAGGUGUAAAUCAGGAGUACCCAUCAAUAUGGUUUGGUGGAACAGAAUCACAGAAAACAAUAUACAGACACCAAAUCCUACUGCAAGCGAGUUUAUUCCCAAAGGAGGAUCAACCUCCAGGCUCAGUAACGCGUCCCAGGCACAUGCGUCUGCCUUCUCUCAAGUGUUCUCUCACCCAUCCAUGGGGACUCCUGCUGCUGCUGCUGGAUUAGCCCCAGGAAUGUCAUUGUCUGCUGGAUCUUCCCCUCUUCACUCCCCCAAGAUCACGCCACAUACUUCUCCUGCUCCCAGAAGAAGAAGUCACACUCCAAAUCCAGCGAAUUACUUGGUGCCUUCUAGUGCCUCUACACCUGUUAAUAAUCCUGUUUCUCAGACUCCAUCUUCUGGUCAGGUGAUCCAAAAGGAAACUGUCGGUGGGACGACUUACUUCUAUACAGACUCAACUCCAGCACCUUUGACUGGAAUGGUUUUUCCAAACUACCAUAUUUAUCCUCCAACUGCACCUCAUGUUGCUUAUAUGCAACCAAAAGCAAAUGCACCUUCCUUCUUCAUGGCUGAUGAACUCCGACAGGAGCUGAUUAACAGACAUUUAAUAACAAUGGCUCAGAUUGAUCAAGCAGAUAUGCCAGCAGUCCCUACAGAAGUUGACAGCUACCAUAGCCUGUUCCCUCUAGAACCACUGCCACCACCCAACCGGAUACAGAAAUCAAGUAAUUUUGGAUACAUUACGUCCUGCUACAAAGCUGUAAAUAGCAAAGAUGAUCUGCCUUAUUGCCUUCGGAGGAUACAUGGUUUUCGUCUUGUUAACACAAAGUGCAUGGUAUUGGUGGACAUGUGGAAGAAAAUCCAGCACUCAAAUAUCGUGACCUUGCGUGAAGUGUUUACCACUAAAGCUUUUGCAGAGCCUUCUCUUGUGUUUGCAUAUGAUUUCCACGCUGGAGGAGAGACUAUGAUGAGCAGACACUUCAAUGACCCUAAUGCGGAUGCCUAUUUCACAAAGAGAAAGUGGGGUCAACACGAUGGACCAUUGCCCAGACAGCAUGCUGGAUUAUUGCCAGAAUCUCUUAUUUGGGCAUAUAUCGUCCAACUGAGUUCUGCAUUGCGUACCAUUCAUACAGCAGGUUUGGCAUGUCGAGUUAUGGACCCAACAAAGAUUCUGAUAACUGGCAAAACAAGGUUGCGAGUAAAUUGUGUUGGCGUUUUUGAUGUUUUAACAUUUGAUAACAGUCAGAAUAAUAAUCCAUUGGCAUUAAUGGCUCAAUACCAGCAAGCAGAUCUGAUAUCAUUAGGAAAAGUUGUGUUGGCUUUGGCUUGCAACUCUUUGGCAGGAAUUCAGCGAGAGAAUUUACAGAAAGCCAUGGAACUGGUGACAAUCAACUACUCCUCUGAUCUGAAGAAUCUGAUUUUAUAUUUGUUGACUGACCAAAACAGGAUGCGAAGUGUAAAUGACAUCAUGCCCAUGAUUGGUGCUCGAUUUUAUACUCAAUUGGAUGCUGCUCAAAUGAGAAAUGAUGUCAUAGAGGAAGACCUUGCAAAGGAGGUUCAAAAUGGAAGACUGUUUAGGCUUCUAGCAAAAUUGGGAACAAUCAAUGAGAGGCCGGAGUUUCAGAAGGAUCCUACCUGGUCGGAGACUGGAGACCGUUAUCUGUUGAAACUCUUUAGGGAUCAUCUUUUUCAUCAGGUGACAGAAGCGGGCGCUCCUUGGAUUGACCUCAGUCAUAUCAUUUCUUGUCUUAACAAGUUAGAUGCUGGUGUGCCAGAAAAAAUAAGCCUCAUUUCCAGAGAUGAGAAGAGUGUACUUGUGGUGACUUACAGUGACUUAAAGCGAUGCUUUGAAAAUACUUUUCAAGAACUGAUUGCAGCUGCAAAUGGUCAGUUGUAG